GAGAGAGAUAGAGAGAUAUGUGAGAUUUGUUUCCUUCAUAUUCUAAAAUAACUUUUAUUGUAUAUAUCUAUUAGGGGUACUUUUGAUAUAAUGUUAAAGAUAGUUUAAUAAAAAAUGAGAUUUUUGACUUGAAUUUAUACACAUAAAAUCUACUAUAGAAGGACCUAUAACAAAUUGCCCCUUUAUUAAAAUAUAUGGCAUAAAUCGAUUAUUAUUCUAAUCACUUGGGAACGAAUUCUUCAAAUCUUCAACACUCAUCACCGUUGCCAACAAAAUUAUAUGAUGCAUUUUAUUUGUUUAGCAAACUAUAUGAUGUAUCUAAAAAUUUAACAUAUACAAGACCAAUAUAUAAAUUUGUACAUCAUGAAUCGAAGAACGUGGAGAUCCACGAUUAACGCAUAUAUAAUACUGCUCAUUAAAGUUUGAUUAAUUUUAAUAGUAUAUUCAUCUUGAAUAUAUUCCUUAAAAUAGUAAAUUUGGAAUGUUCCCAUCAUUAUGCAUUAUACUAAUAUUAGGGUGAUUUGAAAAUAUGUGGUUCGUUGGUCAACAUAAAUUAAUAUGGUGACUAAAUAUUCCUCCCUCAUUCAAAAUCGACCAGAUAUAUCGUGUUCCAUUUUGAUUAUAAUCACUAAUUAACAAGUGAACUAGAUGAAAUAGUAAUUGUGAAUCGUAGAAAUUAAAGGAGAUGGUAUUUAUGAUAGACAACGGUAUAUAUAAAAAGGAAGAGAAUAGUGAUGGGCAGAAGAGCGACAUUGCAUAUGCUGCUACGAUUAGCAUUUGAUAAUAAAAUACCCCAAACACCAUAACAAAAAUUGUCAUAAUUAAUUAGCUAUGGCAAAUUCAGAAGGAAGUCGAGAGAUCUUACAGGCAUGCCUUGUUUUGGGCUUGCUUGCUUUGAUCAACGUUGUCCGAUGUGACAAUUAUCCUGAUUUCCAAUCCCGCCGUAGCUUAAUUGGUGAGACAAUUUUUGAUGUUACUAAGUUUGGGGCUAAAGGCGAUGGCAUUACCGACGAUGCCAUGGCAAUAAUUAAGGCAUGGAGAGCAGCAUGCACCACUGUGGGAGCAGCAAAGGUAUUGAUCCCACGUGGAGACUUUGUGGCAGGGGAGGUUGUAAUGGCUGGACCUUGCACUGCUCAAAAACCAAUAACUAUAGAAAUACAGGGAAAUCUAUUGGCGUAUGAUGAUAUGAGUGUCUACACACGUGGUGCUUGGAUCAUGAUUGAAAAAGUUGACGGCCUUGUUGUUACUGGCGGUGGAACAAUCAAUGGUCGCGGAAAGGAGGUCUGGCAGUAUUUUACUAAGGGUAGCCCUCCACUUCCAGUGUCUCUAAUCCUGCAGUCAGUGCAAAAUGUAAAAAUGUACAACCUGAAUUUGGUGGACAGCAUGGGUUUUCAUUCAAAGGUGACGGACAGUACAAACGUGGCUAUUUCCAACAUGAAAAUAACUGCACCUGGAAAGAGCCCAAACACCGACGGCUGCCACAUGAGCAGCUCUAGAAACAUUAACAUAACUGAUACCGUCAUUGGAACUGGAGAUGACUGCAUUUCAAUUGGCCAUGGAAACUAUAACAUUUUGGUCGCGAGAGUUACAUGUGGCCCUGGGCAUGGCCUCAGCAUUGGGAGUCUGGGAAAACGACCCAACGAAACAAGCAUGAAAGGAGUAACUAUAACAAACUGCACGUUGGUGGGGACAACAAACGGCGCUAGAAUAAAAACCUACCACGCAUCUCCACAGAUCGAAGCUUCAUCCAUCUAUUUUCAAGAUAUUGUUAUGGAUCGUGUCAAAAAUCCCAUCAUUAUUGAUCAGCAUUAUGACUCCAAGAGAAAGCGUGAGCCAUCGAAGGUGAAGAUCAGUGAUGUUCACUUCAGAAAUAUAAGGGGAACCUCAAUUUCAGCAGUGUCAAUAUCUCUGAAUUGUAGUUCAACAUUUCCGUGUCAGGGCAUUGAAUUGUCAAACAUUGAUUUGCAGCCCAUUGCCCCUAUUGGACCUUUAAGAUCUUCUUGUUCUAAUGCCAGAUUCUUCGUCACUGGAAAAAUCAACCCCACUGCCCCCGCUUCUUGUGUAUAGACAUAUUUUCUUUUCUUUUCUAUUUAACUGCUAUUUUAUUCAUUCACGAAUAGCAAAUUCACUAUUUCUCUUUAACCAAAAUAUGUAUUUUGGGAAGAAAUAUAUUACCUAGUACAUAUACAACUGAAAUUCAUUAAUAUCUUGCUCUUCACAAUUUUUGGCUUAACAAAUAAAUAAUAUAAUAUAACAAGGCUUGGCAAUUAUUGGUUGGGUAAUGUACAUAAUGAAUAUUAAAAAAAUUAAAAAAUAAGAAUUGGCAGCUUGAAUAUUUAACUAUUCUAUUUUAACCAAAAAUAUGAGAUAUCUCAAGACCUAAUACCAUUAAGAAUUGCUUGUUUCAUUGGUUAAUUUUUUUGCUCUUUUUAAAGGCAGAUGUGCCAAAAACGCAAGCGUCGUGCUACUAGAACUUCCAUUUUUAUGAUUCAUUAACUUAGAAAUAAUUUUAGUAUAACACAUUUAUUCCGACUCAAUUUUAGUAGGGCAUCCAUGGAUUU